AACAAAAAGAAGCAGGCCUCCGGCCCAGAGAAAGAAAAAAAAAACAGGCCCUGCGGCCUAGUUUUUCUCAAGCCCAAAAACAUCGCUACGCACGCCUGCAUCAACACGCGCGUGUGUAGGAUUGUUUUGUUUUCUCGAAAUCAAAUGGCUGAUCCAACUCGACCUGAAUUUAACAUCUUGGACUCAUAAGGACUUGAGUACCAUCGUUGGGUUUCCGAUGUAGAAACCGCUUUUGUAGCAAAAGACUACACUGCCACCAUUACCGACCCCAAAGACGAUGUGCCGUCUAAUAAGGUGAAAGCAAAUGCCUUAAUGUUUCUCAGGCGACAUAUUGAUCCUAACCUACGCUGGGAGUACAUUCAGUUGAAUACACCCAAAGAACUGUGGGAUGCCCUUAAGGGACGUUUUGGGAACAUUCAUGAUACUUUACUCCCAGAACUGACCAUUCAGUGGAAUGAAAUCCGCUUACUUGACUACAAAAGGGUCAAUGACUUCAACAAGGACAUGUUGCGCCUAAAGGCACGUCUCAAUUUCUGUGGAAAGGAACUCACAAAAGAUGAUAUGAUCCAGAAGACUCUUUCCACUUUUCCUACUUCAGCACUUAUACUAACGAACCUAAAUAGGCUGGAGUAUGACAACAAAAGAAUCACAACCUUCAAUAAGCUGAUCAACCUACUGCAAGUGGCUGAGAGGCAUAAUGAGGUUCUUUUGAACAACAAUGCCAGACCUGUUGGGACAAAGAAAAUUUCCAAGGCUAAUUAUGGCAAAGUGAAAAGUGGAAAGAACCCAAAUGCAAAGGGGGUUGGACGUGUUGAUCCCUACCUACAUGGCAACAAUGCACCACGUGGCAAGGGACGUGGGGGUCGUGGAGGCCCUCCCAAUGUAUGGUGCAGAGAUGGUGGUGCUGGCCCUAAUGGUCAUGGAAAUAAGGUGCAAAGGGCACCUAAGAACCCUUCAGUCAAAUAGGAAAGAGUUGGCAAUGGGCCAUGCUAUAGGUGUGGAGUCAUUGAGCAUUGGUACAAGAACUGCCAAGCAAGCAACAUAGUUGCAGCCACUUACAAAAGAUAUAGGGAGUCUAAAGAACAAGAGGCUCACUAUAUGGAUGAAGGAGGCCAUGAGCCAGACGUCAACCUCACAAUUGCAGACUUUAAUGGCAACAAGGA